AUGUCUCAAAGACGAAUUUAUAUUUUAUUUAUCGCGUUGUUUUACCUCUACAUUUCUGCGGAAGCGAAGAAAUCGAAGAAAAACAGGCGACCGUAUGUCGAUGAAGAAACAAGCACGCCACAAGCCAACGUCAUCUCGUAUUCAGCAUUUGGAUUUAAUGAUGUCGGAUCGUACGACGGUUUCAUGCCGACCUCCGCAGAUUACACUGGUUUUAGUUCUGCUGGUGUCAAUCAAGAAUCAUCAACGAGAUUGUACGCGCCCGCUUUCCCAACUGCUCUCGAUGCAACGGACUUUGGAAACAAUUUUGCUACUCAAGCUUUUGAUGGCGUAAACGAUAAUGACGGUCAGAAAUCUGGCGUUCUUCAAUACAAUCCGAAUAAUUUUAACUAUUUUAAUUCUCAAACAUUUGAAAAUUCAAACGAUGAUCACCGAAAUAUAGGAACCGUAGAGUUAUAUAGUGAAGAUAGAGAAAAUCCUAUAUACGGUACCAAAAUUCAUAAAGGUAAAAUUAGAGAACCAACACGAUUUAAUUAUACGGAAAAUAACACUUUUCCCAGCCAAGAGAUUUAUCAAAACUAUGCUAAUAUGCCUAUGAUAACAGAUACACAUGAAACGACAGCGGACGGUGAUACAAAAUCGAACAAUCCGGAUAAAAAUAUACAAAAUCAAAAUUCAGUUAAUAAAUUCAAUACUAAUGAAAACAAUGCAGUUCAGAAUACACAUAAUCCAAUUAAAUUUCAAAAAGUCGUCGAUUUCACUAAUCUCAAACCACAUUACCCCAUUUCAUUUCAUAGUAUCUCGACAACCACACCCAGGGACAUAAUCGAUUAUGGUUCUUUGCCACAUUCUCAUUCUGGGAAUGCGUAUGAAAAUGCAGUGUCCGAAAAUAAUAGUCAAAUGGUAAAAAGUGGAUCUAAUAUAAAUGGCAAAUACAAUUUUAAUAAACAUAUCAAUAUAAAUGACGAUAAUGCGAUUUUCUCUAAUCAUUAUAGUUUAAAUAGUGUUACUCCAAAUAACAACGAAAACGAGCCUUAUAAAAAACCUAUCAAAUCUACAGAAAGCAAGAAAAAAAUAAAAGAAAAGCCCUGGUUUUUAAAUAAAAAUAGCACAGGUAAUAUACGUAAUUGGAAAGAUUUGUCACAUGGCAAAAGAUACGAGUAUUCAAAUAAUAACAUAAAUAUGACAUUUAAAUACGAAUCUAAUGAAUCGAGAAAUCCGUUAAAUAAUAUUGAUGAAAUUGUGCCAGCAAGCAGUAACUUAGUGGAUUUGAAUUAUCCACAGCAACAGAUAUUUUCCACUUUUAAAAAAAUGCCUGAAAUUUCGUUUAGUGAUUAUUCUAGUAUCAAGUCAUUUAAAGACUCGCAACAGAAGUUGAAUGAUUUUUCUAAUGCUUAUAGAAGUCAACUGAGCACCACGCCGUCUUCUAGCUCAUACUGGGGAAAUACUUAUGAAGUAACUGAGUUGCCAUCGUUUAAAAAACACCCACAUUUCAGUGAUGACCUUGAUGAUGAAAUUGUUAGCAUACCAAAACGGAAUAAAUAUCAUCACUACCACUCCACUCCAUAUGAAAAUAAACCAAAUUAUUGGCCCUAUGGCCAUCAUAAUCCCUACAAAUCUAGCAGACCUAAAGAUUGGAAUAACGAAGAACCAAACCGCUUUAAAUCUGAAGAGGAUUUACUGGGUUUAAGAAAUCAAGAUACAUCUCGUCCAUCAUAUGUUCCAACUUACAAACCCACAGCAUACAGUAGUUCAGAUGAUAGUGAUUAUUAUAACAAAGUCGUGGACAGGUGGAGGCAAUCAUAUUUGAGAUCGAAAUAUAGGGAUUCCAAUUUUCGGGAUUACGAAAGCUUAGGAACAGAUACGAAGGCUUUACAUAUCCCUGUACCAAAACCAUACCCGAUUGAAGUUCCCCAUCCAGUAAUAGUACCGGUGCCCCAGCCCUACCCUGUCCAUGUUCCGGUGUCGAGGCCCGUGGCUGUGCCAGUGGUCCACGAGUUGCAAAUACCUAUAGAGAAACCAGUACCUUAUCCUGUUAUUAAAAAAGUUCCUUAUCCGGUAGAAAAGCCGGUACCAGUGACGGUGGAAAAAGAGGUGACAGUUCCAGUGGUUAAACCGUAUCCUGUACACAUUCCUUACGUUAGGCCAGUUUUUCAUAAUUCGAAACCUUCAGUCGAGGAGUUUGAAUACGAACAAGACGACGAAGAAUACGUGUCGCGGCCGCAGAAAGAAAAGAAAAAUGUGCACUAUUCUAGAAAACCAUCUAAUUCAAGAACCAGAUCCCGUAGACCGUCUCGUACUGUAUAUGAGGACCACGCCAGAAGGCGGUGGCCUGAUCGCCGUAGACCUUCGUCAGUAGAACAAAGUUACAGGAAGCAUCAUGAAGAGGAACCUCAGACACGGCAUAGAUACAGAGCGUACGAGACAUCAGAUAACGAAUACUAUUAUAACUGUAAAAGAACUAGGAGAUGCUAGCUUCCGUGAUAAAACUUAAGUGAUUUUUAAGCUGCAUUUGUUUAUUUCGUCGCGUAGCUUUAAUUAUUUAUAUACGUUUGGAAUUAAAAUAAAAUGUUUACCAAUCUAGUGACAUUAGAUUUAAAAUUUCCUUCUCAGAACCCAUUAUCUUACAGUAAAAUUUAAGACUGCGAAUCUAUUAAUUUUCAAUUUUACUUCUUUUGUUUAGAGUAAUAAUAUGUGAACGAAAUUUAAUAAUAUUAUUAUAGAAUAGAAGAUUAAAGAUAUCUUGGAUAAGAUAGAAGGAAAUGUACCUAAUUAAGGAAGGUUGUUAUAAUAAAUGUUGCGUGAAAAA